AGUACACUCCGAAUCAGCCCGUAUCACGCAGGAGAUGAAGGAUCGUGUCUCCGCGCCGCAGCUCACGCACGGUCCGCGGCGCGACGAGCAGCAGCGUGAAUAACGUCACGACGGAACUUCAGAACGCAGAGGGAAUUUUCUACUCGUUCAUUCGCUUUCUCUCUGCGCUCUCUUCAAUGUCACCAUGCGCAGCAUCUCAUCCUGCGGUCCGCUGCUGUCAGUCUACUACCCCCAGAUCUUCCUCAUCCUCACCAGCGGCAGCUACCUGGCUUUGUCUUCGGUCGUGGCUUUGGGUGCGAACAUCAUCUGCAACAAGAUCCCUGGCCUGGCCCCCCGACAACGUGCCAUCUGCCAGAGCCGCCCAGAUGCCAUCAUCAUCAUUGGGGAGGGUGCUCAGCUGGGCAUCAACGAGUGCCAGUAUCAGUUUCGCUACGGACGCUGGAACUGCUCUGCCCUUGGCGAGAGGACCGUCUUUGGGCAAGAGCUGAGAGUAGGUAGCAAGGAGGCUGCAUUUACCUAUGCCAUCACUGCAGCAGGUGUUGCCCACGCUGUGACAGCAGCCUGUAGUCAGGGCAACCUGAGCCACUGUGGCUGUGACAGAGAAAAGCAAGGCUACCACGACCAGGAUCUGGGCUGGAAAUGGGGUGGAUGCUCAGCAGACGUCAAGUAUGGCAUGGAGUUUUCCAGACGCUUUGUGGAUGCCCGAGAGAUUAAAAAAAACGCAAGGAGACUAAUGAACCUGCACAACAACGAAGCAGGCAGAAAGGUUCUAGAAGAAAGGAUGAAGCUGGAAUGUAAAUGUCACGGUGUCUCCGGCUCAUGCACCACAAAGACAUGCUGGACAACUCUGCCAAAAUUCAGAGAGAUUGGCUAUGUGCUGAAGGAGCGUUACACCGCUGCAGUUGAAGUGGAGGCCGUGCGGGCUACACGUUUUCGCCAGCCCUCCUUUCUGCGUCUCAAGCAGUCCCGUGGGUACAUAAAGCCCACCGACACAGAUUUGGUCUACUUGGAGCGGUCGCCCAACUACUGCGAGGAGGACACUGCGACAGGGAGCGCAGGAACAAGAGGGCGUUUCUGCAACCACACGUCCCCACACACGGACGGCUGCAACCUCAUGUGCUGCGGUCGGGGUCACAACACCCAUCAGUACACAAGGGUGUGGCAAUGCAACUGCAAGUUCCAGUGGUGCUGCUUCGUCAAAUGCAACACCUGCAGUGAAAAGACAGAGGUGUUCACGUGUAAAUGAGGAAGAUGACAAGUUGAAACGACAAGAUAGAAAGGCAUGAAGCCAAUGAGGAGAAACUAAGAGAUGGCGUUGAAUCUCAUUCGACAUGGCUUUGUUUUGCACAUCAGGCAGUCUUCAUGCGAGAAGGGGAGGAGGGUGUUGCUAAGAUAGACGGGUACAAAUAAUGAAGAUGCCGGAACUUUAUAGAGGCAAAUGCACUGACCUCUUAGUAUGUGAUUUCAAGCAAAUAUACGGACACUACUAGUGCAAGGCUUGCAUAGUCCUUAGAAUCUCAAAGUCUUAAGGAGGGUCAAUUAAGGCCUUGACACUGACUCAAACUCCUAUUGGACAGAUUGAACUGACAAUGUGAAUUUUUUGAGAUUAGAGACAGCUGCUUACAAAGACACAUAAAAAGUUGUUGCAAAAUGUCCCACCAGCUGAACCCCUAUGGGUGUUCAAGAGGAAAGUCAUGGUAAAACUCUGGAAUGCUGGAAAGUUGAAAAUGUUUGGUCACACUGUAUCUAUUUGAACACUGAAAAGGACAGGCUUUUUUCUUCACUUUAAAGAAAAAAAAGGCUGAACACUUUCCAUACAUGUAAUGGUAUAAAGAGAUGCGACAGAGCACAAUCUCUUUAUAACUUCUAAUGUCAUUGCUACUGAUGUGUUGCUUCCAAAUUUUCGACCCAAAACAAUACAGCAUAUUGCUUAUGCAACAAAGUGCUUCUUUUCCAAUACAUUCUUUUGCAGUUUCUCCUUAGAAAAGUGGUCUGCAAAAUUCUCAAAAGUAAAUCAAGUGAGAAACCAUCGUUUUUGGUGAAUUUGUCAAUUGCUGCACUGAUGGUUGUGGUGUGUACUGUUGUGUGCUGUCUGCUUUAUAGAGACACAAAGUUUGUGGUCUUAAGUUUUCUUAGUCAUAUCCAGACUUAGCCAUGGUAUGCUGCAUUGUUUUGUCUAUAACUUUGUUUUGUGUUUGAGAGAGUCUAAAUAGAUACUUAAUAGAUGUCAUGUGACCAACCACAGUUUGGAGUGACCAAACCAUGCACAUUGCAUUCCCAUGAAUGUCACAGACAUGGGAUUCCACAUCACUGGUCCAGCAUGCAUCAAGUUAUAUUUCACCUCAGCUGAUAUAAUUCACUUAAACAUACAGCUGGGGUCUGAAACUGUAGAAGGUUAUUGGAGCUAUUUUGAUUAGCUACUCUUUUUUUUUUAAUCUAAAUUGUUUAUACAAGAUAUAUGGUGGGCAGAUUUGUUAAAGUAUAUUUUUAUAUGUAGAGAUUAUGGCACUUUAUGUCAGGUAUAUUCAGAGUAAUUACUGAUAUUAUUUUCCUUGUCAAGUUAUUAUUGUCUUAGAGUUUAAUUAUAGAGCUACAAAUUGUGUUCCAUUUUUGUCCCAAUUUAAUGAGGUUCACUUUUUUUUAUGUGGUUGUUGUUUUUUUGUUGUUUUUUUCUGAGCAGCCCAUAAUUUUCUUUUCAAGUUUGAUAUGAAACCAUCUCAUCUUUUUGUAGCCUGGUUGUAUUUAUACUUUUUGGCAGAGAUGUAAAAUCACUAGGUAAAUAAAUUAAUCAUACA